AUGGGCACUUCCUGUCGCGCGCGGUCUUUUCCAUCAGCUGUCUUCUUGCUGCCGGCUCUUCUGAGCUGUGCCGUGCCCUGUGAGCGUGGGUUCGUGGCCGGGGCCCACCUGAGGUUCCGAGAUGCGGCCCACGCCUCCGGGCAGCCCAGGCAGGCAGUGGAGCGGAAGGCCUCCGGCAGUGGAAUGCCAGGUCUCAGCAGUGUUGGUGCCGUGAACAGCCUGCUCCUGCUGGUCAUUGCUUUGGGAUUCCAGGCUGUUAGGAGCCGUGCGGCACCCGGCUGGUGGCUUGGACUGGGGGCACACGUGGCGGCAACCACCGCGGUCUGCACUCUCCCGGCACCCCGUGCGGUGCCAGCAGGCCUCCGGAUCGAAGCACGAUCCAACCUGGCAAAAUCCUACAUCGCCCAAGUGAUCCUACUGGCCAUGGCGCUUACAAGCCAGCGCCCCCUCACGGCUCUCGUGGCGCGAUGCCUGCUGAUCUCACUGGUCAUUGCCACCAGCAUCCAGUUUGACUGGCCCGACCCGCCGCUGCUCAAAGAAGCGCCGGCGUUGGUGUUUCCAGGCGCGCUUCCGGCCCACCUCAGCGAGGCAGAGAUGGCAGCAGGACUCACGCAGCCCCAAGGCGUUCUGCUCCCUCAAGGGGAUGCGAGCCGAGACGAGCGAGCCGGCAUGGGCCAGACUGUGGUGCGGCUUGUGGGUUUACUCCUCCUUGCGAAGCUCCUUGGGAGCCAAAGCGGCAAGUCGGCUCUGGGCUGGGGUGCCGCAUUCUUCGUGCACUGUUGGGUUGCUUAUGUUUCGUACUACCGGUCCCAGACAUCCCGGAAGCUGGAGUGGUGA